AUGCGGCCAGAACGGGUAUCGAACCCGUUCAGCUCGGCUCUCAUCAUUGAUUUGAUUCUGAAUGUUUCUCCUCAGGGAUCCAUUAUUCUGUUCUACUCGGCUCGGAUUACUUCACUGAGAGGAAAUCUGGAAAAGGCGCGAGCUCGCUAUGAGGAGAGCAUCAGCAGCCAGCAGGAGUGGAAGCAGAUCCACCACAUCUGCUACUGGGAGCUGAUGUGGAACCACUCCUUCCAGCAGGAGUGGCAGCAGGCGUACCGCUACGCCGACCUGCUCUGCCGGGAGAGCCGCUGGUCCAAGGCCAUCUACGUGUACCAGAAGGCCGCCAUCCUGAGCAUGAUGUCGGCGGAGGAGGUGGAGAGGACUGGCGAGGAUCUCAGGGCGCUCUUCAGACAGGUGGAGGGGCUGAAACAGCGUCUGGCCGGGAAGUCCAUCCCCAUGGAGAAGUUUGCCGUGAGGAAGUCCAGGCGCUACAAAGCCUCCAACCCCGUCCCCCUGGUCGUCCCCGCGCUGGAGAUGAUGUACGUCUGGAACGGCUUCACCAUUGUUGGGAAGAGGGCCGACCUCACAGAAUCUCUGCUGGUGACCAUAGAGAAGGUGGAGGAGCAGCUGCUGAAAGACCCCAAUCCGUCCGAGUAUCACCCUGAUGACAGCUGCCUGGUCCAGAUGCUGAAGGGGCUGUGCCUGAAAUACCUGGGCAGGUUCCUGCAGGCUGAGCUGUGCUUCACUCAGGUGCUCUCCAGUGAGAGUCGGAUCCGAUACGAUCACUACUUGGUUCCCUUUACGCUCUACGAGUUGGGUCUGCUGCACAAACAGCAGGGAGACUUCAUCAAAGCCACUACAUACAUCGAGAAAGCCAAGAUGAACUACAAAGACUACUCCAUGGAGUCCAGACUACACUUCCGGAUCCACGCCGCCCUCAACAGCCUCAAAGGCUCGCCUGUCAGCACCCCAUAACAAUCUCAGCGUUGGAUGAGGAGUUUUCAGGGUUUGAACUUCAUCAGCAGGGAUUUCUUUAGUGGCUGUAAACUCUACGUUAAACAGUUUGCCGUUUAGAAAACUGAGAUUAAAAAAACUCACUUCUUGAAAAGACGCAAGCUUCCUGUUAGCAUGGGCCGGCCUAGCGAGGCUUGCGGCGUGCUAGCUGCACACGUCAUUCAGCGGUCACGAACAUCGCUUGAUCAGGAAGAAGGACGAGUUUUCCAGACGCUCUUUCACUAUAAAAGCACAAAGAAUUAUCGACCAUUCCCUUCCCAAACCCGCUAAAAGAUCAAAAGGAAACUAAAGUGGAAUUUCUGUUUAGUGUGAACCAAACCUAAAAUCACAGCUUUCUGGUUGAAAAAGCUAUUUUUAAGACUUCAUGGCCUUAAGUAACGUUUAAGCUUCUGCUUCUCAUCGACUCUUCUGCCUCUGAACUGCAGCGUCAGCCAGCUCACAUCUUCAAAAUGAUACUUACUACUGUUCUGCCAUCGCUUUCCAGCUGCUCCGCUUCCUCUGAUUGGCUGUUAUUGCAUCGUUUUAUCCAUUCACUGAGUCACACAUUCAUCUUACUUCAGGUUUGUCUGGUUUACAGCUCAGACAAAACCUAAGUUAAGAAGUAAAAAUGGCGUCUGCCCGGCUGUUUUUUACAGACUCUAGCGUUAGCAUACCUGUACCACGCCAGCGUUAGCCGCUGUUAUCUAGCAUUUGCUUCGUUUUUGCUUCAUACACAUGUUUAGAUCUGCUGCCAUAGAAUUUUCCAAUGAUGUGACAACCAGCGGAUAAAUCAGAGGAACGCAGACUUAGCAUGUCACAUGCACCACAUGCAAUCUAUCACUACACCCCAAAAAACCCACUAGGAAAGGAUUCAGACACAGUUUGAAGACACAGUUACACACUACAAGACACAGUUUAUGACUCUAUCAAAGACAAAAGCUCUGUUAGCGAUGGCUCAGGACACGCUCGGUUUAGAACCACUGAUUCAGGGUUGGCAAACAGAGAGUUGAGAUUCAGAAAUCGUAAAUGACGAAAAAAAGUUGAUUUUUGUCCGAACAUUUGGGAAGGAGUCGGUAAUUUUAUUUUCAGGGACACGCAGGUUUUAACGCUUCCUAUGCCUUUCGAUUUUUCUUGUUGGUUCUUUCUUUGCUCGCGGUACGGCCUUCUCACCGAACGUGGCUUAUAGGAACAGAGUGCAAUCCCCUCAUCCCUAACCCUAACCCCACAGACCGUCUGCACACGUGACGGAGACAACACACACUUUAUGAGCAGCAAUAGAAGCAGCUCUGCCGUGUUUCUGAGUCUUUCCCCUCCGUCUGUGUCCAACUGGAAGUUUGGGUUUUCCUGGAAAUGGAAAGCAGCUUUUGAUCUUAGUUCACCAUCAAGUGCGUCAAUUAAUUAAUAUCAUUAUUGUAUUUUUUUACCAAAGUAUCUGCUUGAUUUAAACGAAUCAUUAAUCUGGAAAACCCAAACGCUGUUUUCUCAUCUGGAUCAUCGCUUUUCCAAAGACCUAAGCCUUCUUCUGUUUUCUUCCAUUGUUCCACAGUAAACAACUUUAGGCUUUUAUUUUGAAAUGAAGCACAAGUAUCGUUAUCUAAAAGUCCAAAUGAAAAUGUUUGUUUACUUUAACCGGAUGAGUUUGUCAACAAAGAGCAGUGGAGUCAAGCUAGCCCCGUCUUUGCUUCCAUUGGGAACAUCCAGGAGAAAGACCAACGUUUCUGUUCUACUUGAAGAUCUCAGGAGUCAAACGUUCUUCUACUUCAUGAAUGUAUCCACCAAAAGACCAAACUGUUGCUGAAUGACUUUUAUGUUUCUGUGCCUGUAAACUUUGGAUCUGUCUUGUUUGUUUGUCAGAAAACGUCAGCUUUGAACAACCGAAAGCUCUAAAAGCAAAGCAGAUGGAGAAACCAUCGUUUGCUCAAGGGUUGUGGCAAUGAAAACCCAGCGACGGGCCGACAAAGCGCCCAAUGACUGGUUUUAACUAGCACUGCUGGAGUAGAAAUGAAAAUAACGAUUUCAUGUCAGAUGAAGGAAUCAACAGCAGUUUUUAUGGAUGUAUGCUAAUGCUAGCUGCAUUAGCGUAGCACUAAAGCACUGCCUAUUUAGCAUUAGCGGUACACACCAGUGUCAACAAAGUUAAAGAAAUCUUAAUUCUGCUUUUAAUGUUUUUUAUGUUCAUGAAUACUGUUAAUGUUCAGAUUAGCACAAAGGACGAACACUGCCUACUGCGCUAGCAUUGUAUUACUGGUUCAUUCCCACGUUCGCUGACGUUAAGUUAGCAUGCUACUGCUGGUGUUGUUUGUUUGUUGAACUAAAAUAAACAGAAAAAAAAAUUGCAGUUUUACAGUUUUUAACAUCUACAACCGAGAUAACCACGAACAAUAAAGAUCGCUUUCUUCUUCAUCCGACUAUCAUACAAUUGCUACGCUACAUAGAGGAAAUGCUAAAUAUUCUAUAUUAAUAUAAAACUGAUUUUCUUGCAUCAAGUUGCUUUGUUAAGAUUGGCAAUUAUAUCUUUAUUGAUAAGUACAAGUUAAAAGUGGGAUGUAUGGUGUACUUCAUAGUUUAUGGUCAUGCAUACGUCCCAACUAGAAGGAAUAAAAUGGUUCAAGAACCGGCGUGUCAUGUUUCAGAGAAUGAUCCUGUCAGCGUGUUCAAAGUCUGGUUUUGGCAAUAAACCUGUUUCUUUGUAACUUUUCUUUUUUGCCAUUGGUUUGUUUUCAAGGUUAAUUUGAAAAGAAAUGUUAAAAAUAAUUUUCCGGUUCAUCUGGAGUGACUUCACUACCUCAACCACCUUCAGUUUUUGUGCUUUUCUAUUCUUUUCAUCAGAUUGGAUUCUCCGACGGUUCUAUUUGCUUUAUUUCUGCCUCACAUUAAAGUCUUUGUUUUGUUUUGGAAUCCGUGUGUUGCAGCAAACACAGAACUGAGGUAUUUUGCUGAAACAAAGCACAUUUUGAGCACAAAUGUCAUUGAAAUUCUUGGUGUGUUCAUACAGGUUACAGAAUAGUUUCAGUCAGGUUUGUUGUGACCGCUUGUGUUUGUGUUGUGUGUCUGUCUGUGUUUGUGCUUUGUGACUAUGUUGUUGAAUUUGGAAAAUGAAAAAGAGAUUUCUGCAUGUUUCUGUUUUAACAACAUGACUGAGUGCAAAGCGUCAUGCUGAUGUUGGUGAGAAUUCGGUGCAAUAAAAGUCAAACCUGAA